AACGCAUAAAAUAUAUUUACAAUUUGUUCAUGUUAAUGGAAGUGUUCGAAGCCGAGGUUUUUUUACAAUAUACAUUUCAUAUUACAGUUCCGAUGCGUGAAGAUUUGAGGCGAAGCUGUAAGUAAUGAGUUCACAGAAACAGCCAAAAGAGUGCCGGGUAUUGGAGGUUCGCUUUGUAGGAGAUGAAGAGGUUUUGCAACACAUUGUGGAUAAACAAGAAGGCAUUAAGGUCGGAAAAAAUGCUGUUCAGACUUUGGUAUCCCUCAAGACUCCUCAGAGGAGUGAGCCCGAGGACUCUGAGGAUGAAGACCGCGAGGUUUGCAGUGAGCGGGGCUAUGUGGAGGCGCUAGGGACCGCAGCUCAAGAUUCCAGCAGUGGAGCAGGGGGAGGAGAUGUGUUCACAUUCCAAGCUGUGAAGAGAUCAAACAAGAUGGCUCAGCUGGCCUCAGAAUUAGCCAGAACCCCAGGGAAGAGUGUUAAAUUCAGCACAGCCGAUUCAGCCCCUGAAGAAGUCACCAGUCCAACCAGAGCAAACAACAGACAGCCAAUCCAAUACAAGACCCCCUCAAAGGGUAAAAAAAAGAAUCAGUUUGUGUCAACCACACCACACAGGUUGAGAAAAAGAUUAUCCGCUCCUAAUCUGAGGUCGGACAGUGAUAGCGACUUCUCUCCUUCCAACUCUGAGGAGGAGGAGACCCCAGAGCCCAAGCCUGCGAGCAAGGCCCCGGCUGCAGCGCUCUACAAGACGCCAGCCAAGAAAACCAAGGCGGCUCCAGAACCUAGCCUGGUAGAGGAGUAUUUUGAAGCGCACAGCAGUUCAAAGGUGUUGACCUCAGACAGAACUCUUCAGAAACUUCAAACCCCACAACUGGACCAGGAGACGUUAUGCAGGUUGCUUGAUGGCACUUCUACUGCGUUUUCUGCAGAACUUAAACAGUUAAACAAGGAACAUGAGAGUCUGUUUCACAAGUGGAUGCUGCAGUUACAAAUGGGCUUCAAUAUAGUGCUGUUCGGCCUGGGCUCCAAGAGGACCCUGCUGGAGAAGUUCCGUACCAGCAUGCUCUUCGGUUCCAUUCAUGUGGUCAUCAAUGGCUUCUUCCCCAGCAUCACCAUCAGAUCGAUUUUGAAUUCAAUCACAGAAGAAGUUUUAGAACAUGAAGGACAUUUCCGUAACCCACUGGAUCAGAUGGACUUCAUUGUUGAAACACUGAAGGAAGAUCCAGAUCUUCAGCUCUUCCUGCUGAUCCACAAUAUCGAUGGGCAGAUGCUGCGAGGAGAUAAAACCCAACAGAUACUGGCACAGCUGGCUGCGGUCCCAAACCUUCACCUCAUAGCCUCCAUUGACCACAUCAACGCACCUCUCUCGUGGGACCAGUUCAAGAUGAGCCAGUUUAACUGGCUGUGGUACGAGACCACCACGUACCAGCCAUACAUAGAGGAGACUUCAUACGAGAACUCGCUGCUAGUCAAGCAGUCUGGAGCCCUGGCGCUCAGCUCACUCACACACGUCAUGCGCAGUCUGACGCCUAACGCAAGGGGAAUAUUCAGACUGCUGGCAGAAUUUCAGCUUGAGAACAAGGAUAAUCCCUCUUAUACAGGUUUAUCUUUCCAAGACUUUUACCAGCGCUGUCGUGAGGCUUUCCUGGUGAACAGUGACAUCACGCUGAGGACCCAGCUGACAGAGUUCAGGGACCACAAGCUCAUCAGGACCAAGAAGGGUGCAGAUGGUGUUGAGUAUCUGAUCAUACCCAUUGAGACUGGAACUCUGACGGAUUUCAUGGAAAAGGAAGAUACAGAAUAAAGGAAUGUUGGUGGUCAGUGCUACAGAUGCAUUAUCUUACUAAUACCAGUGUGCUCAACCCUGUGUUUUAAACUUAGUGAGGCGUUCCCAAAGCUAGUAAAUUGUAUAAAACCUUGACAGAAGGUGUAACUAGCACUUAUGAACUCUGCAAGUUGUUCAGUUGCAACAAAUUAGUAGGGUGCUUAUGUAUGUAUGUAUGUAUCCAGUGAGUUGUUUUUUUCAGAGAUCCUGUUGAAAGAAUUCUGCAAACUGGCCCCAGUGCGUUUCUUUGCACUGUGUUGUACAACAUGCUGUAUUGCAGCAUUAAGUUGGUGAUUGUUUUACCAUUCAGUACCAUGAUACCUUAACAAACCACCAUUUAAGAAUUUAGACUUGAUUUCAAGUCUAAUGAAUUUAAAAGGUAGCACGCUUAUAUUAGCUUUUUUAUAAGUACUACCCAUCUUUGUGUUGCAAGCAUUGUACAGUGUAUUUUGAAGUACAAGAACUUAGUCUAGUAUUGUUGUAAUUGUUUUCUAUACUGGAACAAUAUUCAUCCCCCAUCUAGCAAAAAAGAUGUAUACAAAAUGUAUUUGUAUGUAAAUUUUGUAUUUGUAAAAACAAAAUAAAUAAAAGCAUUGAAUAUUUAUUUAUUCAUUUUCCCAUUCAACUGUGACCACAGCUGAAAUGUAACGGUUAACUCACAAGUAUGACUCAUUGUCAAUAACGUAAUAAAUUAUAUAUAUAUACACACACACACACACAAUAGAGGAAGCUAAAAUACAUAUGCCAGGUGCUCAAUAUACUAUACAGAAUAAAGUCAGAUCAAUUAUUUUCCAUUUAAUUUGUUUUUAUUAAACUCUGUUCUUGUACUGUUAUAUAGUAAAAUGUAGUACCAUUCCUAAAUUAAACAUUUCCACACAGGAUAAUGUAGUUCAUUCAGUGUGUUACCAUUUAACAUAAUCCAUAUUCAAGGAAAAAAUAUAUAUUUGUAAAUUAUAUGCAGGCCAUUUACUGUACAUUAAAUGAUUACCUCCAUAAUACUGUGUGAUUUUACACUGUACCUGACAUUUCUUUUAACAAACUGGAUACACUAAUAAAAUAUUUAUAUAAAUCCAAAAUAUAUUUAGUCUUUCCACCUUGUAGCCAAUCAACCAUUACAAUGAAUUAUCUUAACACAUUGUAAACAUAUGUUACAAUAAUAAGUUAAACAAACACUGUUUAAGAUUAUAUUCUUGCAUACACAAAUACCAGGUUUCUUCAAUCCUGACUGAAAUGAAUGCUUCACUGCAGUACGGUUAACGCCUGCAUUUCCCUUACCGAAAUAAAUGCAGUUUU